AUGGCCGAUGUUAGUGAUUCAUUAUUACCUUUCCAAUGCAAAACCGUUGAUGAUGAUAGUGCGGAGGAAGGUGCAAAUAAUUCACAAGAUGAGAAAGGAUCAAAAGUCACAUUGUAUGAAUCACCUAUGUUGAAAAAGCUUAUCGAGGAGUUGAGUACUUCACCAGGUUCUGAUGAGGAUAACUCAGAAUC